ACUACAUAUCUGGCCUUAUCAUUUAUCAAAGAAGAGAGAAACACUUGUAUAGUUGUAUUUGUUUUGUUGUGUAAGAGCAAAGAAAAAAUGGCAGAGGUGAAGGUGAUAGGAUUUUGGCCAAGCCCAUUUGUUAUGAGGCCACAGAUUGCACUCCACAUGAAAUCAGUAGAAUCCGAAUAUAUUGAAGAUACUUUGCAACAAAAAAGUGAACUUUUGCUUAAAUCAAACCCGGUUCACAAGAAAAUCCCUGUUCUUCUUCACAAUGACAAGCCAAUUUGUGAGUCUCUCGUCAUUGUUGAGUACAUUGAUGAGGCCUUUCCAUCCGGUCCAUCCAUCCUCCCUUCCGACACUUAUGAUCGUGCCAUCCAACGCUUUUGGGCCGCUUACAUCGAUGAUAAGUGGUUCCCAACAUUUCGUGAACUACUCUAUUCGCAAAGUGAGGAAGUAAACGUAGCAACUAUAGAGAAAGUGAAAGAAGGGUUGGCAUUGUUUGAAGAUGCCUUUGUGAAAUGCAGCAAAGGGAAGCCCUUCUUCAGCGGUGACAAAAUUGGAUACCUUGACAUUGCCUUCGGGAGCUUCAUAGGGUGGUUGCGCGCGGUUGCAAAGAUGUGCAACAUCGCCGAGUUUCUAAAUGAGGAGGAGACACCUAACCUCUUCACUUGGUCUGAGAGGUUUUGUGCAGAUGAUGCUGUCAAGGAUUAUAUGCCUGAGACUGACAAGCUUAUGGAGUUUGGAAGAUUGAUACAAGCUAAGUUCAAAAGCCAAAGUUAAAUGGCAUAGUUAUUAUGAUUAUAAAGAGACCUUAUGAUGCUAUUGUUAAAUUGCAACAAAUGUUGUUCUUUGGGUUAUUUGUGCAAUAUUUAUUCAUAGGGUUGUACAAAGUGUGGUUUAAACCGCUAAAGCACAAUUGCGGUUUGGUGCGAUGUGCAGUUUGAAAAUUGCGGUUUGCAGUUAUUGAAAAUGACUAAAUUGCGGUUUACAA